AUGUCAUAUGCCCCCGACUCCCAGGAACAGCACAAACGAAAACGGGAUAUGGAUGGCGCCGUCACUCGGUCUUCGCAUUCCGACCGUAUCCCUCAACCCCCUCCUCCAAUACAUUCAGGCGAGUCGUCUCGAAUCAACUACCUGACGAAGACUUUUCCGGGAAAGCUCGAUCUCAUUCCUGGCGACUCAGACACAUUUGCAGAUGUCCUGGGCCUUAUCAACAGCUAUGAAGGCGUCUUGAGCCGACAGGAAAGCCUCGCAUCCAACCUGGGAGCCAAGCUCACGGGUCCCCGGUUGCUGCGGGCCAUGGAGGGCGCCUUCGAAGGCCCCAUCAUCGUUAAGCCCUCGUCUCCUUUCGGACCCGGCCCAGUGAGCUGGCUGGACAUUGUGACGUUCGCAAAGACGAAUCCGGGCCAAUUCGUUCUGACCACGUCCCCAGAAGGCCAACGAUCGUGUCAGUUUUUCCUCCACGGGCUUCAGGUUGAGAUUCUUGAGGACGAUUGGCGCCUUAUCGUGAAUGGUGCCCUGGACAGGUUCUCGUUGACCUCCACGUCACCAUUAGAAGAAGAUGAGACAGCAGAACUCGCGACUGUGGACAUUCUAGAAAAAAGGCUCCAGGUCCUCAUAAAAAGGGCAGACGAGGUGGCUAAACGAGCCCGUCAAUUGAACUAUCACCUAAGCGGCCGCAAAGCGGCUAUCAAGUCUAGGCAUCCAAGCCCCAACACAGCUUUCCACCACUCUGGCCCGGCCCGGCACCCCGGCGGACCUAGCGCAGCAUACGAUUUGCAUGCCGAUCUGUUGCAACAGUUCCUCUCCCCUUUCUCGUCACAGCCAGUCGCCCCACGACCGAUUUUCCAUCCUGACCGUGACGCCACCCACCGUCACCCGCCCCAUGCCAACAGAACAACCGAUCAUCAUCACCAACAUCAUACGCCCAACACGACAGAAACUAACAACUCCCCUAUCACAGUGGCGGGACCAUGCGGCCCCGCCAAGGAAUUACCAGAUCCAUCGGAAGUACACAGGCCAAUUGUCACCUCUAGGAUAGAACGACUCGGCAAGGGCGACGAGAUCUACCCCCCUUGCGAUCGGUGCAGGCGGCUCAAAACUGUGUGCAUCAAGCACCUUACCGCAUGUCAGGGCUGCACUAAGAGACAUGCCAAGUGUGGGUGGAGAGGCAUCACUGAGGAAGAAAUCGCAUGGCUUGAGCGAGAGGCCAACCACGCGGCCGAACCGGACGCCGAGGCCAAUGGGGCCAGCACUACGCAUACUUCGGGAUCGAGAUACGAUGCCGUACACGAUGAGAUACGACAUGCCGUGGACGAUUCGGUAGGAUCUCCCGCCGCACGAGGGUCGGGCUCGAGGCCUACUAGUAGAGGGGCCCAUCCACCUUUGCAGCCUCAAUCGCCUACCGAAACAGAGGGAAGAAGACACCUAGCCAGUAGUAUCGCCGACGUCGGUCGCCGACCCGCUCCAUCACCGCCGCGGCACUGGGACAGAGACGUACGUCAGCGAAGCGACCAUCCGGGCUGUCAGAAGGACUCGUUCAUGAGCCACAUGGGGUCGACGACAUCGUCGGCCACCCCGGAGGCCCACGAGGCAAACAUGACACACACAUGA